UGCCAUGCGGAGGAUCUCGGUGGGAUCGAUUCGUCAGGAAGGGAUCGUGGGCUGUUGAGGGGGAGUUCGCAUUGGGCACCAAGGGCAUAGGAUAUAGAGUUUUCCGCCGUGGGGACGAUAUUAAAUGUGCACCCAAAGACUCACGAUCUCAAAAUUUAAUGAUCUAAGCGGCAAGCGAGUAGGAAUAGUUGGACUAGGAAAAAUCGGCUCAGAAAUCGCAAAGAGGCUCGAAGCAUUCAGCUGCAAAGUCUCCUACACCUCAAGACAAAGAAAACCAUCGAUCUCUUACCCAUACUACCCAAAAAUCCUCGAUCUUGCAUCAAAUAGCGACGUUCUCGUAGUAUGUUGUGCCCUAACGAGCGAAACCCAUCACAUAAUCAACAGAGAAGUCAUGCUCGCUCUAGGAAACAAUGGUUACGUGAUCAAUGUGGGUCGCGGGGCCCUAAUUGACGAGAAGGAAUUGGUCCAGUGUUUGAUGUGGGGAGAGGUUGGAGGAGCCGGGCUUGAUGUGUUUGAGGAUGAACCUGACGUGCCUGAAGAACUGUUUAAGAUGGAUAAUGUUGUGUUGUCUCCUCAUAAAGCUGUAUUUACUGAGGAAGCUACCGAGGGUGUGGGUCAAUUGGUUGCGCGUAAUUUGGAUGCUCAUUUCGCAAAUGAGCCGUUGCUCACUCCUGUUCAAUUGGAGUAGUGGAUUCUGCUCUUAAACAAUGUCAUGUACAGUUCAGAUGAGUUAAGUGCUAAUAAAAUAGUUUAGAGAUACAAAAAUGAUAGCACUCCCAUAGUGCAAAAGGGGUGUAUAUGUAGAUGUCUACUUUGAUCUCAAAUGCAGGGAGCUGGCUUUCUGAUUCAGUUUCAGUUACGUUA